AACUUCUCUCCUGUUCUCUGUCCCUUAUCUGACAAUCGACUGCUUCGUCAGUUGUAUCACUCUUCUUUUGUCCACACUUCUGCAGUAAGGAGAACUUCUCUCCUGUUCUCUGUCCCUUAUCUGACAAUCGACUGCUUCGUCAGUUGUAUCACUCUUCUUUUGUCCACACUUCUGCAGUUAGCGUUCUCAAGUUUGACAGCUGCUUCACACAUUGCAGAUUCAGAGAUGAACUCAUAUGUAUGAUCUUUAACAAGUUCGUUAAGAUGGAACCCAAAAGAAAUCAAUAUCAACCUGAAGAUGCAUGGGAAAGUCUACCUAUUGAUUUCCUGAUCAAGAUUCUCAGAGAUCAUUGUCUGCCAACUUCCACUCUUCUGGAAUGUCGUUUAGUUAGUAAGAAAUGGAAGGAAGUCAUAGAUGGUCCUGAGUUACGGAACAGAAUAUGGAAAAAUUCUGUUAUUGUGUUUCAUGCACGUCGUGAAAAUACGGCCUACUUCUGCUGUAGAGAUCAAUGGAUCACAAGAAGUCUUACAUUUGUGCCCAAGAAGCUGGUCGCUGCUGAUGGAGGCCUACUGUGUUUUGGUGAGCGAUUAUCAAGAGCAUAUGUCAUGUAUAAUCCAGUUCCGGACAAAAUUCUGAUUUUAGACGUACCUCUUGAAAUCAAUGGAGAACAUACAGUCAUUGAUGGUAGGCUGAAGUUUAAGGUGGUGGGUUUAGUUGUUGACCAAUAUACGAAAAACUUCAAGCUGGUUUGGGGAGGAGUUCAAGUCGGAACAGAUAGACGCAGAACUUUGAUUUACGACUCGACUACCGGUACAUGGUCGUGGGGAAUUCAUCCGUUUCCUGAAUGUUUGAUAACCGUGUGGGAUUGUAGGAGAAGUGUAGUUUGUAAUAGUAGUCUGUAUUGGCUCGUAUGGGAUCAUUAUUGGAGCAAGAUGAAGUUUCUCUUGAUAUUUGAUCUGAAAGAUGGAACGUGGAACGCCUUUGUAGAGGAAUCCAUGCAGGCCACGCCUAUUGACCUUCAAAUGGCUGCGUAUGAAGGACAUGUGUGCCUACUUGCCAGUAAUUGGUCUCCUCUGGAAGGGGAGUUUGAUCGUAGGAGAGAUGUCGCCAACUUCGUUCGGAAUCCCAUGGUCCGAAGAACGGAUGGAGCUUUGAUCAGGAGAGUUAGAACUCUAUAUGAUCGAGCUUUGAUCUGGAGACAGAGAUUUCCAUGGAACCUCCUGUACGGAGAAAUGGAUGAAGCUAUUAUCAGGAGGUUUAUAAAGCAAUGGGUUCUAGAUUAUCCCACAGUUUUCAACUUCUAUGCCUCAGGAGGCACGGAUGCAUUUUUCGUGUUCGAUGAAGAAGGCAUAGAACUUGAGGUGGUGAAAUAUUGGGCUGAAUUAGACUCGAUCUUUUUUCUACCCCCGCCUCCUUUUCACUCACGCAAUCGGGUUCAAUACUUUGUAAACGAUCCGAGCCUCGACGACCCUUGGUGUGCAAUAAUUCCAAGUCCCAGAGGAAGUGCAGGGCAGGGGUGGAUGAGACAGCAGGAGUAUGUAGCACAGCAGCAGAGAUGGGAGGAUGAGGAGACGCUCUUAGGGACGAUUAGGAAAGCUCUUAGGCAAUCAGGUUGACGUGGCAAUGGAGUUUCCAUGAGAAGGAGGUUUCUUCGACCUCCAGGACAGAUCCGCUUACCGAAAUACGGGUCUUCUAACACUCAAUUCUGUUCAGGGAUGAUAAGGUGGCAUUGGUUUAAGAGGUUAAAACAGUGGAUUCAGAUCACUCUUCCGAUAAGCGGGAAAAACGUCCUUUUCUUGGCAAAUAACCUUACAUUUAAUUCUCUAUCCAAUUACGUUCCAAGGUAAAGAUAUAUCUGGAUUGUUUCUAAACGUAAUUACACAAUCUAGUGCACUGUAGGCUAAAUUGACAAAGCGAUCAAUAUCAUCUACAGUGCAUCUUGGAUUUCUUGAUAAACUGAAAACGGGAAUUUUCAACCCAUUCAGUAUUGUCUUCUGACUUUCCGUCCAAUUGCAUGUUUUCCGUUCAUCUGAAAAACAUGAGAACAGCGACCUCGACCAUUCUAGACAGUUGCUGAUCAAAGGGCACCAAGUCGUUGUCACAUUCGUUGAGAUAAACAAUAUCAUUGUCUGAUAAGUCCUUGAAAACUAAGUUUGUUUAUCCCCCUUGGGGUACCAGUGAUCAUCAUUUUAGGCUAUAGCGUCCCAACAUUUUACUAGCAGAGACUAUAUUAACAUAACAAUGUUUUAGUAGAAUAUAUAGUUAUAUCAGUUUUUAUUAUAUUCAAUCUCAAUUGAUUCAGAUUGA